AGACCCAGACACAACCAUGCUUUCAGGCCUCACCCGCUUCCGCGCGCGCAUGCGUACCGCCAACCGCGCCUUCAUUCAAUCCCGCAUCGCCGAGAUCGAAACCCGCGACCCCAGCGCCCCCGACCAAAAGAAAAUCCAGCGCAUGGCGGAGUGGCGCUACUGCGACUGGAAUCCGGCGCCAGACCGCUGGGACGACGGAAAGCCCUACCUCCAGAUGGUAGACGACGACGCCGUGCCCGACCGGCGCAUGGACGGGGUCUACCCGACGCGGUUACGCACCGAGACCGCGCGGCAGAUUUACUUAGAUAUGCUGCAGGGGGUGUUCCAGCGGCAGGCGGAGGCGCGGGCGGCCAGGGAGGGGCUGGAGCAUCCCGGAGUGAUUCCGCGGUGUGAGGAGUUAGGCCGGUUACUGCGGUACGCGCACGAGGUCCAGGAUCCGGAUUUGCGGCAGUCUAGGGUCGCGGAGUUUGCGGCUGGGUUGUUUAUCCAUUUUGGGGAUGAGGACUUGGAGGGAAUAGGGGAGGGAGUCGAGGGUGACGAAGGUGAGGACGAGGAGGGUCGACGGCGGCGGCAGGAGCGUGAAGACCGGUACCAUGAGUGUGUGCGCACAAAGUGCGAGCAUCUGCGGCAGUCGCUGGAACAGCCCAAUGACUAUUAUUCUUCGCUGUUCGGUAGAGCGACGAUUGUGGCUGAUGUGGAUUGCGAUCUGGAGGUCAAGGCUGGGGUUCUCACCGGGGAAGAAGGGUAUCAGGGGCAGUGGCCCCAGUGGUAUAGUGCCUAUCUCUACUGUCGCAAAUAUCCGGAUGACGACGACGAAGAAGAAGAGGAUGAGGAGGAGGGGAAGGGGGAUCAGAAUGAAGAGCAGAAGAUGAAGUGGAAUGAUGAUGUCCCGGAUUCGCCCAAUAUUCAUGAAUGGGGAUGGCGGAUUGUGUUCAUGGAGGUGGACUACUGCGACCCCUGGGAGCCGCAACAGCUGUACGGGCGCAGGCCGCGCUUUGACUCCAUCCCCGAGUUCUUGGACUGGUACAGUAGCUGGCCGGAUCAUUUGACUGAGCGACAGUUGCUGAGUUAUCGCCGGCACGCGCGAGGAUGGGAUGGCUGUCAGACCGACUGUGAGUCGGAGUGUGAGGAUCACUGUUGAUCAGGGUCUCGAUUACGUACCACCGGGAGAACUACAUACCCAAUAGGAGCCAAAUACCAAUAUACAUCUGGC